UAUGAAAGUACCAUCGAAUUAAAAAAAAAAAAAAGAAAAGGCAACAAAAACAAAACAAAGACCGAAAGAAAAGAAAAUAGAAAUAGAAAAGUGAAAAACAAAAAAAAUAAGAAAAUUAUGGAAGGUGGAAUUAGAGUGAGGAAAGACUGUUGGUUUUAUGUUCCUGAUUUUGCCUUUUCCUAUUUUUUGAUAUUAUUCUUGUUAUUGAUGUUGUUGUUGUCAUAUUUUCAUGUCAAUCCCCGAAAUUCACAUUUAUUUUAUUCAUGUUAUUCUCAUUAUUCCAUCAUGAUAAUUCUACGCCUCUCUCUUUCUUGAUCUUUUCCUUGACUGUUACGGUAUUUGUUUAAACAAAGGAAAAGAGAGAGGAUAUAGAGAUAGAGAGAGAGAAAAGGAGAAAUCAGAUUCUUCGUUGUUUGUUUGUUUGCUUUCGGAAGACCCAGUUUUUGUUUUGUUUUUCUCUCCAUGAGGAUUUGGGAAUUCUAGGGUUUCGAGGUUUCGAGGUUUGGGGCCUUGAAGGCUUGAAGGAAGAAGCUUUGUUCUGCCCAGAUCUUGAUCUUGCUUCAAUGGAGGGUGCUUCCGAAGGAGAAAAUCCGACUAAAAAUCAUGAAAAUAACAACAGUAAUGGGAAAUUUAAUAAUUCCAGUGAGGGACAGAGCAAGCCCAAGCGCCAGAUGAAGACCCCCUUUCAGCUUGAAACCCUCGAGAAAGCUUAUGCCUUGGAGACCUACCCGUCGGAGGCGAUAAGGGCGGAGCUGUCGGAAAAAUUAGGGCUUACUGAUCGGCAGUUGCAGAUGUGGUUCUGUCACAGAAGAUUGAAGGACAAAAAGGAAGGGGGUCCAACAAAGAAACAGCGGAAAUCGGUGCCCACUUUGCCCGAGCCUCCUAUUGAUGAUUUGGCUCACGGGUCUGAGCCAGGUAGUGAUUAUGGGUCGGGUUCAGGCUCCGGCUCAAGCCCGUUUGGGCAUGCGGAGUUGCGGAAUGUGGUUUCCAGGAGUGGGGCUGACGACGUGCCAAUGAGGAGGAGGUAUUACGAGUCACCCCAGUCGAUAUUGGAGCUUAGAGCCAUUGCUUGUGUGGAAGCUCAAUUGGGAGAGCCAUUGAGGGAAGAUGGGCCAGUUCUCGGCGUAGAGUUCGAUCGGUUGCCGCCAGAUGCGUUCGGGGCACCUAUAGUUGCAGAGCAGCAGAAGCGGGCUGCCCAUGCUUUGGAGGGCAAAUAUGAGCGGCAUGAUGCAAAACCAAAUAAAGCAACUCCAAGGGCUCUCCAUGAGUAUCCAUUUCUUCAAGAUCACUCCAGUAUUCGGUCUGAUGCAUAUGGACAAGCCGCACAAUCUCAUUUUCAAGAUUCACCAAUUGAUGGUCCUAGUGCCAGAGCUUCAUCAUUUGCAGUUGGAAAUGAGCCUUUGUCAAGGGUUCAUGGUGUCCAUGGUCAUGGUCAUGUGUCGCGUGUUCGUCUUCUGUCUCAGCAGGAGAGGCAAGCAGUGGCCUUUCCAUCUCCUGGUGAUGAUGGCUGUGUGCCACAAAGGGACUCCUUUACUAAUGUUAGAGUAAAUACUCAGUUUAGUGAUCCUCCUACUGUUGCACCGGAAAACUCUAAUGUAUUGUCUGAUGGUCAAAUUAAUGACUCUAUGCUGAGAAUGGAGAGGAAACGCAAGAGUGAAGAAGCUAGAAUUGCUAAAGAAGUUGAAGCUCAUGAGAUUCGGAUCCGGAAGGAGCUGGAGAAACAGGAUAUUCUGAGGAGAAAGAAUGAGGAACGAAUGAGGAAAGAAAUGGAAAGGCAUGACCGUGAGAGACGAAAAGAAGAAGAGAGGUUGAUGCGUGAAAGGCAGCGAGAGGAAGAGAGAUCAAAGCGUGAGCAAAAACGUGAAAUUGAACGAAGGGAAAAGUUUUUGCAGAAAGAAUAUAUAAGAGCUGAGAAAAGGAGGCAAAAGGAAGAGCUUCGCAAAGAGAGAGAGGCAGUGAGACGCAAAGCAGCACUUGAGAAGGCUACUGCACGCAGGCUUGCUAAAGAAUCUAUGGAGCUUAUUGAGGAUGAGCAACUAGAACUAAUGGAAUUGGCUGCUGCAAGCAAGGGUUUAUCCUCAAUCAUUUGUAUUGAUCUUGACACCUUGCAAAACCUUGAUGCAUUCAGAGAUUCUCUGGCUGCAUUCCCACCUAAGUCUGUGCAAUUAAAAAGACCAUUUGCAGUUCAGCCGUGGAUCAACUCAGAGGAGAAUAUUGGUAACUUCCUAAUGGUUUGGAGAUUUUUGAUUACCUUUGCUGAUGUUCUCGAGUUAUGGCCUUUUACUCUUGAUGAGUUUGUUCAAGCUUUUCAUGACUAUGAUUCAAGGUUGUUAGGAGAGAUCCAUGUUGCUCUCUUGAGGUUGAUUAUAAAAGAUAUUGAAGAUGUUGCAAGGACUCCUUCUACUGGAUUAGGAGUAAAUCAAAAUGGUGCUGCUAAUCCUGGUGGUGGACAUCCACAGAUUGUUGAAGGAGCAUAUGCAUGGGGCUUUGAUAUACGAAACUGGCAGCAGCACUUAAAUCUGCUAACAUGGCCAGAAAUAUUCCGGCAACUAGCACUGUCUGCCGGAUUUGGGCCACAGUUGAAGAAAAGGAGUACCGCAUGGUCAUACUCUCCUGAUAAUGAUGAGGGUAAAGGUUGUCAGGAUGCAAUUUCUAAUCUUCGCAAUGGUUCAGCAGCUGAAAAUGCAUUUGCAAUAAUGCAAGAAAAAGGCUUACUAGCCCCACGAAAAUCUAGACACCGGUUGACUCCUGGAACUGUAAAAUUUGCAGCUUUUCAUGUGCUUUCACUUGAGGGAAACAAGGGACUAACAGUGUUAGAGCUUGCUGACAAGAUUCAGAAAUCUGGCCUUCGGGACCUGACAACAAGCAAGACUCCUGAAGCUUCAAUUUCUGUUGCUUUGACAAGAGAUACUAAGCUUUUCGAAAGAAUAGCUCCUUCAACAUAUCGCGUACGAGCUGCUUACAGAAAGGAUCCUGCUGAUGCCGAGGCCAUACUUUCUGCAGCACGGAAGAAAAUUCAGAUAUUUGAAAAUGGGUUUUUAGCUGCAGAAGAUGCCGAUGAUGUUGAAAGAGAUGAUGCUGAUGAGGUUGAAAAUGAUGAGGUUGAAAGAGACGAAGACUUUGAAUGUGAUGAAGUUGAUGACGAUCCAGAAGUUGAUGACUUAGCUACUCCAUCAGUUGCAAAGAAAUCCCCUGAUGAUUACAAUGAAGUAAUUACUUUCUCAGAAAAUGGAAAGGAUUUAUGCAAUGAUGUUGCACUGAAUGUGCAAAAUGAGUUUGAAAACGAUGUUUCAUCUUCCCCAGUGAGUGGUUCCAAAGAUGCAAACUGCCCUAGUGCUUCCUCUAAACAGUGUGUUUCGGGUGCGGAUUUUAGUGCUAGUAAUCUUGACCAAGAAAAUAUGGAGAUUGAUGAAAGCAAAUCAGGUGAGUCAUGGGUUCAAGGACUUACAGAAGGGGAAUAUUCUGAUCUCAGUGUGGAAGAGCGUCUUAAUGGCCUGGUUACCUUAAUUGGUGUUGCAAAUGAAGGAAACUCCAUCCGUGUUGUUCUUGAGGAUCGCUUAGAAGCUGCAAAUGCUCUUAAGAAGCAAAUGUGGGCAGAAGCACAGCUUGAUAAAAGUCGCCUAAAAGAAGAGAAUGUCGGUAAGUUAGAUUUUCCAUCUUUUGUGGGAGGCAAAUCUGAAACACAAGUUAUCGGAGUGGAGGAUGGACAAAGCCCUGUACGGGAUGUUGAUAAUAGAAAUAUUGAAGCAUCUCCAGGCACUGCAGAAAAUCAAAAGUCAAUCCAUGGUUCACAAGGGGUUCAGAAUCAGCUUAAUGGUUUGCCUGUUGAAAGGACUUUAGGAACCCAAGAUAUUUCCAUGGGUCCUGACAACUUCUUGAGUCAGCAACUUGCAUAUGCAUCAAAAAGGUCGCGCUCACAGUUAAAAUCAUAUAUUGCACAUAGAGCAGAAGAGAUGUAUGCAUAUAGGUCCCUGCCUCUUGGUCAAGAUCGCAGGCAUAAUCGAUACUGGCAAUUUGUUGCAUCUGCAUCAAGCAAUGAUCCUGGUUCAGGCAGGAUUUUUAUUGAAUUGAAUAAUGGAAGUUGGAGGCUUAUUGACACUGAAGAGGCCUUUGAUGCUCUAUUGACGUCUCUGGACACACGUGGGAUUAGGGAAUCCCAUCUACGCUUAAUGUUGCAAAAGAUUGAGGCAUCCUUCAAGGAGAAUGUUCGGAAAACUUCACAUUGUCCUAACAGUGCAGGCCCAAGUAAAAACCGUGUUAAAAAUGAAGCCGACAUGGAUUCUAGCCCUGAUUGCCCUUCUGGUUUCGACAGCCCUGGCAGUACUGUUUGUGCUUUGAAUUCUGAUACAGCAGAGACAUCCUCUUCUUUCAGAAUUGAGCUUGACAGAAAUGAAGCAGAAAAAAGGGCUGCCUUGAGAAGGUAUCAAGAUUUUCAGAAGUGGAUGUGGAAAGAAUGCUUUAGCUCAUCUACAUUUUGUGCCAUGAAGUAUGCGAAGAAGAGGUGCAGAUCACUGUUUGAUGUUUGCGAUUUCUGCCUUAGUUGUUACUACUUCGAAGAUUCCCACUGUGCUUUUUGCCAUCAGACUUUCAGUGCUUUCUAUGCAAAUUUUAACUUUAGCGAACAUGUGAUUCAAUGUAAAGAAAAAAGGAAGUUGGAACCUUGGGAUUCCCAUAUGCCAUGUACUUCUCUUCCCUUGGCCAGAAGAUUGCUCAAGGCAUUAAUAGCUCUUAUUGAGGUAUCUAUUCCACCAGAAGCUCUUCAAUCAUUUUGGACUGAAGACCGUCGAAAGACCUGGGGUGGGAAACUGAAUGCAUCAUCAUCAACGGAAGAACUUCUACAGAUAUUGACUCUGCUUGAGACUGCCGUGAAGCGAGACUUUCUGUCAUCAAACUUUGCAGCGACGGAGGAAUUACUUGGCACCAGCAAACAAUCAGAGGUUUUUGUUCCUGACUUUCUAGACAGUGGAUCAGUUCCCCUACUUCCUUGGAUACCACAUACCACUGCAGCUGUGGCUCUGAGGCUUCAUGAGAUGGAUUCAUCGAUUACACAUAUACAGCUUGAGAAAGCUGAGCCCAACAGAGACAAGGAAGUCAAAGAAUAUCUGAAGCUCCCUAUGAGACUUGCCCCACUGAAAGAGUCUGAACAAACAGAAGUAGGCCACAAUGAAUACAUUCGGGAAGAGAACAAUACUCACCUGAAAAGUGCACGAAACAGCUUUAGACGUGGUAGGGGAGGUCGUGAGCAAGGGCGCGGUAAAAAGUGGCAGAGAAAAGUGAAUAAUUCCAAAUCUGGUGCAAGUCGGCAAAAGGGUAGUGGGAAUCUGAAUCAAGGGUUUAGACCGGUUGGGAAAAGAACACAAGGACAAGGGAGUGCACGGGGUCGCAGAACUGUUAGAAAGAGGAGAACAAAGGACAGGGCUGUUGAGGGGACACCUCUGGGCCGCAUGACUGACGUACGCAGUAGCCCUGAGAGUGGAGGGGAGUCCCCGAGAAACUUGGGUGAGGAAUGGGAUGAUGAAAAGAUAGAUAUGAUCCAUAUGAAAGGUGAUGAACAAAGAGAGGGAUAUGAACAAGCAGAGGCAUUGGAAUCUGAAGACGAUGACCAAGCAGUGGGAUAUGAACAAGGAAACUGGGAAACUGGAUUUGAUGGGACUUCCAGCGGAUGGCACGAGAGUUUACUGGAAGCAAGUGAUGAGGAUAUGGAUGCUUCUGAAGAUGACAAUAAUGGCAUUGAAGAAGUGAGAGAUGAAGAUUCAGAGGGGGAUGUAGAUAUGAGUGAUGCCUCGGAUGAAAUACAAAACAAGAUUACAAAUGAUGAUGGCUCAGAUUCUGCAGUUUCAGAUGACUAUAGUGAUUGAAGUUUGAAACCUGAACUGCCUUUGUGCAAGCAUCCCAGAUAUACUGGCUGCAAUAUAAUUUUUGAUAUUGCAGCUUCACUAGCGGCUCAUCCUAUCCUGGUGAUGGAAUCAAUAUUGCCCCACCAAAUCUUCUUUUUAUUGUUAUUAUUAUUAGCCUCCCUUUUAUUUUAAACUUUCCCUGUUUAUGGAUUACAUUUUUAGCAGUAGUUUGGAUAGAAGUACUGGAUAGAGGUCCUGCACUAGUUGUGCAGUGUAACAUGUAAGUCAUUUUAAGCGUGUAACAAACCUUUACCUAAUGAAAAAGGUGAGCAAGUUAUACUGCAAAGAUCCUAUCUUUUAUAUUUCAGUUAUAUUCAUGGAAGAUUGUAUUUGAAGAUA